UUCACAUCCUCUCUGUGUUUGGUACUGGUUGAGUGCCAUGCAAGGCAGACUAUAAACAUGAUCCAGAGGUUGCUUUUUUGGGGGAUGAUAUCCUGCCAUAUAUACGGGAGCAGAGUCAGGGUUGUUGCCUGCCAUGGAACAGAAGCACAUCUUGAGGGCAGGGGCAUCUGGCAAAGAGGGGGUGGCCCAACUUCCAUGGAGGCAGGACCAGAUUUUUCACCCAACGGUGGUUUUGGCAACAAGCUCGAGAGCAGAGCCUUCCUGGAGCAGGUGGCGGGUGUGCCCCGGCGGGCUGGCUCCGGGCUAAAGCCGGCAGUGACCCCAGCGGGUUACACCCAAGCGCCCCGUGCUCCCUAUAUAUAGCGGGUACAGGGGACUUUGAGCCCGGCCACGGCAGCGGCGGGACAGGUGCGGAGGCAGCCGCCCCUGCACAGCCCCCACUGCCUCUGCCCUGCGCUCGGCCAGCCCAGCUGCAGCUGCACGGCCUGACUGCACCAGCCCGAGAUGGCAGAAGGCAGGCGCGACCCCCAGCCCGGGGACCUGAUCGAGAUAUUCCGGCCAAUUUAUGACCACUGGGCCCUUUACAUGGGGUAUGGAUAUGUCAUUCACGUGACAGAUGAAGGGUCCUCAUCUGUUUUGGCUAGCAGCGCAUCAGUAUGUACUGGAAAGGCCAAGGUGAAGAAGGAGCCCCUGGAGAAGGUGGCUGGAAAUGAUCAAUGGCGUGUCAACAACAAGUAUGACCGCUCCCGCACUCCUCGCCCUGUAAAUGAGAUCAUCCGGCGUGCCGAGCAAUGGAUUGACAGGGAGGUGCCCUAUAAUGUGCUUAACAGAAACUGUGAGCACUUUGUGACAGAGCUCCGCUACGGUGAAGGAGUCUCUGACCAGGUCCAAGAUGCAGUUAAUGAUGGCACUCGAGCAACACUCAUAGGUGCUGUUGCUCUUCUUGCUGCUAUGGCUGCGAGGGCAUUGCUCAGGAUGUAGUGCUACUGACUGGUUGUCAGGAAGAGCUCAGAGCAAGGCAGAGGGUGAUCCUGGCCACAGUGGUCACUGGUCAGCUUUUGCUACACACACCAUCCAGGCUUACUAGCAACUAUGCCACCCUUGCUGUAAACAUUUAAUAAGCCUUAAUUAAAUGUCUGAAAUCCACACUCAUAUUUCCCUGAAAUUCUCGUUUAUCUAUUUGAGUAAAGCUUUGUUUGCAAGUUUAACAAUUCAGCCUUGCUUCUCCCUGCCAUCGCAGUCAUGAAUAAAAAAAUCAAGAUUGUCACCAUUCAAGGUGAUUGCCAGCAGCUGUAGCCUGCAUUGCCGUGUGAUUUUUUAUUUUAUUGUGUGUGAUGGUUAUUGUAGUAGUCUGGAAGAAAUUGCAAGCAAGUUAUCCGUUCCUUCCCCAUCCCACACACCUCCCCUCGAGUGCUUUGCUGAGCAUGGGUGCAGAUUUCUCCUCCUGAUUUGAUCAGCUAGCUCCUGGAGGCUCUUUCUGUGUAUCAGUGCAAUAAAAAGGACCAGUGAGGGUUUACCAGCUGAAUCCUGGUGUGUGUGGGUGU